GAUACAGGGAAUGAGACAAAUGAGAUUAAGAACGAUAAUUCUACCUUACUUACUUUAUAUGUUUAACCUUCGUUAGUGUAUUUGUUUUCCGAAGAAUAACUUCUAAGCUAUUAAUAUGGACACUUCAAAUAAUCUUGAGACAAGUGAGAAAACGUACAGUGUCAAGGAGCCCAAACUGUCAAUUGCUUAAUUUUGAUUGAGCUCAUUUCAAAAAUAAUUAAUCAACUUGACAAAGUGAGGAAGGACAGCAGGAGAAGAAGAGAUUUUAUGAAGUAUACCUACUGAGAGGAAAUAAUGACGGAAUAUAAACAAGAGGAUGGCGAUGGUCACAGUAUAACAUACCUCAAUACUGACGGCUAUUGGACAUGUACAUUUAAUGCACCACAAGAAACGGCAAAGAAAAUUAGAGAAAUGGCAAACUUCAAAUGUAGAGCAGACGACGUAUUUAUAUGUGCACCUGUAAAGUCAGGUACACACUGGACAUGGGAAAUUAUUUCCAUGAUGUUUGAAGGGAAAGCCGAGACAAUAAAAAGAAGCAAAAUCGAGAAUAUGAUUGAGGCCUUUUCCUGGGAGGCUUUAGAAAAUUUGCCAUCACCUCGGGUGUUGAACACUCAUGUUCAUUACAGUCGCCUACCAAAAGAAGCAAGGGUACUCCGUUGCAAAUUUGUUUAUGUGCUUCGUAAUCCAAAAGAUUUGGCUGUAUCAUUAUACAACCACACUAAGGGUAUAACGGCAUUUGAAUACGACGGCAAAUGGGAAAAUUUUCUACCAUUAUUCUUACAAGGAAAAACGGAAUACAAUAGUUGGUUUGAGUAUGUCUUAGAGUGGGAGAAAGAAAUGUCGACCUCACCCAACCUUCCAGUACAUCUUGUAUAUUAUGAGGAUCUGAAGGAGAACACUCUUCGGGAAGUAAGACGACUUGGUAAAUUUCUUGGCGUAGAGGACACGGGCGGUCUUUUUGAAGCCAUAAGUGAAAAAUGUCAGUUUGAAAAUAUGGCAAAAGAUAAACAGAAGUAUCUAUUUCCACAAGAUCCAAUAGAGGGUUUCACAUUCUAUAGGAAAGGAGACGUUGGGGACUGGAAGAACUGGUUUACAAUCGCUCAGAACGAAUAUUUUGACAAGAUUUACAGAGAUAUGAUGAAAUCGUCGAAGCAUAAUUUCAGAUAUCAGAUAUAAGAAUGUUUGAAAUCAUGUUGUAUUGUGACAAAAUGGGAAACAUGUGACGAAAUUGUGAAAUUGCAGCAGAUUUGUGAAAUUGCCAUGAUAAACAGAUGGACAGAUUUGAAGCAGGAGAUCUGAACCACACAUGAUUUAAUACAUUCCGAAAAGACCAAUUAGACAUCAAAAAGGAGAUAAAAAUUCGAUAUGGUGUUAUCUUAUGAUGAUGUAUUAAAGUCGAAACUAGUAGAUGUUUUGUCUUGAAUUCAUUUCAUUAUUUACGUCACUGGAAUGUAUUAGUUUUUAUUAACGUUCAGCACUUGUUUGUAUUUUAACAAAGAUUUUAUAAACUGAUAAAAAUAAUAGUUUUGAUUUAA